AUGACAUCUGACACCAAGGAUGCACAGCAAUAUCCAAGUGUUUCUGAUUCCGAGAGGGAUUCUGUUGUGAAGGAUGAAAUAGAUUCAGUGACAUCUCAGCCGAAGAAUGAUUCUGAGAAGGAAUCUUUCAUGAAGGAUGAUGAAGACUUAGUUGAUCCAAAUGACACAGGUUAUUCUGUUGCGCCUCCAGGACAAGUCUCUGGCCUAACUGAAGGAAGCAGCCAAGGGACGUCCGACAUAAUGUCAGGGAAGGGCAUAGAUUCAUCAGACGAGGACGAUCAGUUAGGGGUGGAGGUUAAUGUGAAGACGGCAUCGGGGACAGAUCCAACUCCCUCGGAGUCUGUAUUGUUUCGGGAGUUUGACGGAGCAGAUGUAACAAAUGAAGGUGUCUCUCAUACUCAUCCGGAAUAUGUAAGCGACAGUUCUGAAUCUGAUAAACCUUUUCCUUCAUCCGCUGGUGUAGGUCAUGCCAACAAUGAGAAGGUCCAGCCAUGCGCAGAAAGUGUGACGUUAGUGUCAAGUUCAUUCCAUGCUGGGGAGGAAAGUGAUGUUGAUUAUAGACCAGCGUCCAGCAGUUUGAAAGAAGGUGAUUCAGAAGAUGGCAGUGUUAGCGAGUCCUCGGCUUCUAGUGAUGUUUCUGGGCGUUAUGAUUUUGGUAACCCCGUUCAGAAGUCAGACGAUGAAGAUGAUGGGGUCUUCAAGCAACAGGAGGACGACGAGGAUCGGUCAAGUGUUGUGUCUGGUUUCGAACCAAAGAAAGAAGCUGGAAUAAAUCUGGAUACAAGUUCCAUAUCCUCCCUGGAUCCGUCCCUGUUAGAUACAUCAGUAGAGUUGUCCAGUUCAUCAACAGAGAGUCCUGUUCCCCAGAAGCGCAUCUCACAUCCCUCUACCUCAUCCGACCAGCCCAAGAAGCUGUCGGCGCCAGUGUUUACUAUCGGGGACGACGACGACGACUCCCACAGCGACACUUCAAGCGACUCCGAGGACGAGGACAAGCCCAGGGCCUCUAUCAGCAGCAUCAUCAACUCCAUCAACCCGAUGCCGGGCAUUGAGGAAGAGUCGGACAGCGAUGAGGGGCGGUCAAGAUCUUACAACAUCAGCGGUGUGGGUGAUGACGAGGGUGAGUCUGAAGAGGAGGAGGAUGGGCUGAAAUUCACGGACGAUGACCUGCUAGCUGAGCUGUCUGACGGCUCAAGUAAAGACGAAAGGAGUGAUAGUUCACACAAUGUCAAGGUCACGUCAGGCACGUUUGUUUUCGGGGACCCUGACGAUGAUAUUGAUGUGUAG